AUUCUUUUUGUAUCGUCUGUCUCUCUCUUAUUAUUUCGAUCUGAAGUAUUGUCGGAGUUGUCUAUCACGAGAUGUAAAGAGUCCGGAGUGAUUAGGAUUACUAUCAGCUUUUUUUAUUUUUGUUGUUGUUGUUGUGGAUGUACCUUUUGCGCGCUUUUUAAAACAUUGUUUUCUGACUAUCAUGCUUUCUUUUAUAUUCUCUUAGAAAACAAAAGAGAACCGAGGUAAUAUAGACUCUAGUUCCUCUUUCCGAGUUCCUCUUCAUAUUCUCUCUCUUUCUUUUUCCACGUUCAUUCUCACUUGCACCUCUCAUUGAUCCACUCUUGGCUAGCUGCAAAGCAUUGCUGGGCUUACAAGUCAUGGCUGAUUCCGAUGUGCCCACCUAUGCGCCCAUGAUCGAUGAUGAUUCCGAACAAGAGGAUACCGGCGCCCCGGCAGAGAUUCAGUUUAUCGAGCCAGAGAAACCGCUCGAUGACGCGGACGAGGAGCAGGAUGAAGACGCCUAUAAUCCCGGUGACAGUAUCGGUCUUAAUGCGCAAAGUGUCCCUGUCGGAGAGCAGCAGCAGCCGUCCCCUAUAUCACUUAUUCCGUCAUUACUGGCUGCUUCGCGUGCAGGGCUGAAGUCCUCGACUCCUACCACAGAUAGUGAUUCAUCUUUCUCUCUCCAGAGCGCGACUGGGGCCACAUCAAAUCCAGCUGACGUCGAGGAACAAAGCGGGGUGCAAGAUGCUGCUUCGUCGGCUUCGUCUUCUGAAGACGAAGCGGAGGAUGAGUCCGACUCGUCCGAUUCUGAAGACUCAACGCCCUCGAUCGCCGACCCUGCGACACUAGCUUCGACCGCUCCACGACUACGGAAACGGCUUCCGAAAGAUACAGUCGGUUUGCUCGAAGACCGGCUCAAGAUCGAUGGUACUCAUGCUCCGAUAUCACUCUACAACGAACUCAUCAACGAGUACAUGCGCCGCGGAAAACUCGAUCAGGCUCGUGACGCCUAUGAACGCUCGAUCAAGGCGUAUCCGACCAUGGCCGCGCAGUGGGUGGCGUACGCGGAUAUGGAGCAGAGCGCCGGAGAAUUUGCGCGAGCCGAAGAAGUAUUCAAACGCGCAAUCGAGUCAGUCACCAGCCUGACGGUCUGGCAACACUACCUGACCUACGUCCGUCGGCGGAACAACGCCGCGACAGAGGGCGAGGCCGCUCAGACGGCAAUCAUGCAGGCCUUUGAGCUCGUCGUGAGUAAAGUCGGCAUUGACGUGCGAGCAGGAAGGAUCUGGAGAGAGUACAUUGAGUUUGUGAAGAACGCACCCGACGGCAAGUCGACUUGGGAGUCGCAGCAGAAGAUGGACCUGAUGCGCAAGUUGUACCAGCGCGCUGUGUGCAUUCCGCUUGAGAAUUUGGAGCAUUUAUGGCAGGAGUAUAACUCCUUUGAGAAUUCACUUAACAAAACUACCGCCCGGAAAUUUCUCGCAGAUAGAGCCCCAGCAUAUAUGACCGCUCGCUCGUGCCUCAGGGAGCUUCUACAGAUCUCAAGUCAUCUCAAUCGCGAAUUAGUGCCUACCAAGCCCAAAUGGCGCGAGCAGGAUCUUUCGCAGGUCUCGUUCUGGAACCGCUGGAUUGCCUGGGAACGCAAAGAUCCUCUAGGUUUCACUGCCGAAGACGGCAAGGGCGGCAUGUCUGGCGGUAAAGAGCAGGUCAUCGUGCGGGUGCUGUACGCGUACAAGCAGGCGCUGCAACCUCUGAGAUUUUAUCCGCAGAUGUGGUUCGAUGUCGCGGAGUAUUGCGCAUCGGUCGAUAAAGCUGAUGAUCAAAUGGCGUUCCUCAAGGAAGGAGUUGCGGCCAAUCCGGGUAGCUGUUUGCUUAAUUUCAGACUUGCUGAGGUGUUUGAAGUUGCAAAGAAGCGCGAGGAAGCGAAAUCGACGUACAAAAACCUGGCAGCGGCUAUUUUGAGCGAGAUCAAUAGGUUUGAGAAGCUGGGUGAAGAGAGAGUAAACUCGUUGAAGAGUACUCUCACUGAAUCUGAGGAUUCCAGCACGAAGGCGAAACGAAAUGGCGGACUAUUAGACGAUGACGACGACAACAAUACCUCAAUUGCUUCUACGGGGAAGAAUAAAGCAGUCUUGGAUCGGAUUAAAAAGACAGAGGAGUGGACCAAGAGACGGCUCGCCGAACUGUCGAAGGACUACACACUCUGCAACACGAUGUACAUGCGAGCCACGAAGCGAAUGGAAGGUCUGAAAGCAGCGCGGCUAGUCUUUAGUGAAGCUCGCAAGUCGCAGUAUUCCACACACCAUAUAUUUGUGGCCUCCGCACUGAUGGAGUACCACCAUAACAAUAGUCCCGAGAUUGCCGGAAAGAUAUUUGAGCUUGGCCUGCGCCGGUUCGCAGAGUCGCCGGCGUAUGUGGAGCAGUACCUCGAGUUCCUGCUGCUAACGAAUGACGAUACGAACGCGCGUGCGCUGUUUGAGAGAACAGUGUCAAGACUGCCUGCGAAUGACGUCGAGCCACUGUUCAAGAAAUUCUAUGCAUACGAAGCCGCGUACGGUAGUGAGCUGUCUAUAGUCUCGAAGCUCGAGACACGCAUGUUGGAGCUGUACCCUGAUACGUCGGCUAUUUCGCGAUUCGCGGGACGUUACACUUUAGGCGGGCAUUGCGUGAUUGAUGAGCAGGAGGUAGGACCGAUUGUGUACCGCGAUAUAACUUCGGACGCCGCAGCCUCUGCUGCGACCCAGUCGGCAGACAAGGACUUAUCGGACGACGAGGAUUUCUUCCAGAACCAGAUUCUGAUGCCAGCUAGUGGAUCCAGAGCAUCGAAAGCGAGAGGGAAGCACUCGCGGAAGCGGUCGAGAGACGAGUCGCGAGGAGAGCCGCGCAAGCGGAAUCGCAGCAAGCGGGAGAAGGCAGAAUCAAAGUCCGCGUCGUCGCUGUCGUCCUCAGUGCAAGAACAGCGGAACGGCGGGAGCAGUAAUUACGAAUACUCGUCUUCACCAUCGGCUUCUGUGUCUUCUUCCUGGAUUCCGGAGUCGGUCAUCCGUUUGCUUACGUUACUACCCCCGGCGUCAACGUACAAUGCUGUGUCGUUCGACAUUGACGGCGUGAUGAGGUUGAUUGAGAAGACAGCGAUUCCGAGCGUACCGCCGCUUAACGCGGAUCUGUCGCGGUUCAGGAAGGCGUGAGAUGGGUAUUCACACUUUGCGUCUGUGUUUAUAGUAUCUUCUUGUAAUUAUAAAUCAUUCCACAUAAGUUUGUGUGUGAAAUUCAAGUGUCGUAGUAGUUGCAUGCGUACAAACCCCAUCGCAGAACACGCGUCUCGUAUGCGCCCAA